UUUUCACAAUCCUCAAUUGAAGCAAACGAAAACCCCAAAUUCAAAUGUAGAAAAUCUCAAAUUCAUUUCAAACAUCAAAUUGAACCAAAAAAAAAUGGCAAACAUCUCAUUCCUUCAUCACAAUUCCUCCGCCUCCUCUUCUUCCGCUCCCCACCAUCACUUCCACCGCCGUUCCAGCCACCGUAACCACCUCGCCGCCGAUCCUUAUCGUCCUCUCUUUUCAUCCCCCUCUUUAUCUUCUGAACUCUACCACUCACUCCCCCGACCUAACGAUGAUUUCAACAUUAUUCACGACGACGAAGCCGUUUCGGAUCCGGAAUCGGUAAUUCUCGGUAGCCACCAGGAUCUAUUUGACCGCGAAAAUCAAGUAACUUUUGUUAUGGAUCUUUUUCAACAGCGGGUCGAACAGUCUGAGGUAAUGGGUCCGGGUUCUCACUUGGUUGUCUCUGAUACUGAUGAUUUUGGUGUUAUUGAAGAUAAUUGUGAAUUGGGUAUGGAUAAUUUAGACUUUGAAUUAGGGUUGGGGUUUGGUUUAGAAAAUUGCGGCUUUCAAAACAUAAUUAAUCACCAUAAUGAUAAUAAUAACAAUAAUAGGCAUAGUGGUUUUGUAAUUGAUGAUGAUGAAGAUGAUUUCUUUAUUGAAAGGAGGCUUUCCGGGUUGCAAUCCUGUGAGGCCGAAUCCACAGUGAGCUUUCAUUCUAAUGCUGCUAGGAUUGUUGGAUUGGGGUCUGAUGAUUCUGAUUCAGAUGACAAUGAGAAUAAUACUUUAGUUAUUGGUUUGAAUUCCUUGGAUGGAUAUGGUGCGGAUUUAGGAAAUGAUCAGUUUGAUUAUAAUGAUGAGGAUGAGGAAGAUGCGAGUGUGACCUUUCCUCUUUGUUGGGAUUCGCUUCAGUUGGAGGAUCAUCGAGAAAAUAAUGAGGAUUUUGAGUGGGAGGAAGUUGAUGGCCGUGUUGAUGAACGCGAUGUUUUAAGUAUGUUUGUUGAUGAUGAGGAGUCUGCUUCUGUUUCUCUAUCAAUUUCGCCGAUAGUUGCUCCUGAGGAUAUGGUUAAUGUAGAGAGGAUUGGAGGAUUGGGAAAUUUGGAGUGGGAAGUGUUGUUGAAUGCUAACAGCUUGGACACAAAUCCUGAUCGUGGCCAUGAUUUUCAUAAUGCUGAGCCAUAUUUUGGGGAUCAUGAUGAUUAUAUAUACACUGCUGAGUAUGAGAUGCUGUUUGCUCAAUUUGCUGAAAAUGAUAAUGCGUUGAUUGGCCGUCCGCCAGCUGCAAAAUCUGUUGUUGAGAAGCUUCCUUCUGUGGUUUUGACAAAAGAGGAUGCGGACAGUAAUAAUGCACUUUGUGCUGUUUGUAAAGAUGAGAUUAAUGUUGGAGAGGAAGCAAAGCAGUUACCCUGCACACAUCACUAUCAUGGGGAAUGCAUUCUGCCAUGGCUGGGGAUUAGGAAUACUUGCCCAGUAUGUCGCUUUGAGUUGCCUACGGAUGACGCAGAUUACGAGCGCAGGAAAGCAGCACAAAGAGCUGUUGCUGCUAGCCGCCGCUUUUGAUGGGUAAUAAUACAUUUUCUUAUGUAUGCUUUUUGACAUUGUUUACUUAAGUAGAUUUAUUUAGAAUGUAGAUAUUGCUGCUGUGUUGACUUCGUAUCCCUGUGUGGAUAAUUGUAUUCUUCAUAAGUAUGACGUGUUUAGGUGAGAGUAUAGAAUAUUGAUAUCACUGCAUUGUAAUUUUGAGAAUUUUUUGCUUUGUAGUGUUUAAUGGUUUUGCAUUGAUGCUUUA